ACUACAACUCUUGUCUCCGCACAGUGUCUCACUCUGACUUGCACAAGACAGACCUCGGCCACCGAAAAAAUGGAAGGAAAAGUACGCUGCCAAUAUGAAAAAGAGGUUGCCGUGGUUACAGGAGGGAAUAGAGGGAUUGUAUUAGAAAUAUGCAGGCAACUUGCUUCCAAAGGAGUCACGGUAGUAUUGACAGCGAGGGACGAGAAGAGAGGCGCAGAAGCAGUCAAAACCCUUGGAGCGCACGGCCUAUCCAACGUCGUGUUCCAUCAGCUGGAGGUUGGCGAUCGGUCGAGCACGACACGCCUUGCUGAUUUUAUAAGGGAGAAGUAUGGCAAGCUGGAUAUAUUGGUCAACAAUGCAGGAAUUGUCGGGACUACAGCAGAGAUCAGCGACCCAGAAUCUUUUCAACAAAAGCUCGCAGGCAUGGUUGGCAUGGAAAAGCUUGAAUGGAUCAGGAAACACACCACGGAGCCUUACGAGAAAGCAGAGGAGUGCUUGAGAACAAACUACCAUGGCACCAAAAUUGUCACAGAAGAACUUCUUCCUCUCCUUCAAUCCUCAUCACAUGGAAGAAUAGUUAACAUAUCGUCUUACUUUGGACUACUCAGGUUUUUCAGUGGAGAGGGACUUAAAGGGGAGCUCAACAACAUUGAUAACCUAUCCGAAGAGAGAUUAGAUGAGCUAUCAGAAUUGUUCCUCAAGGACUUCAAGGAUGGUCAGCUGGAACCCCAUGGAUGGCCUGCUGAAGGAGGGUACCCUGCAUACAAAACAUCCAAGGCUCUUGCCAAUGCUUAUUCGAGAAUCCUUGCCAAGAAGCACCCAAAGUUAUGCAUAAAUUGUGUGCAUCCUGGCUACGUCAGUACAGACAUCAACUUCCACACCGGAAAUCUCACGGUUGAGGAGGGCGCAAGGGGAGCUCUGAUUCUGGCUCUCGUACCCAAGGGAGGCAUGACUGGAGCGUUCUUGGAUUGCACAGAGGUCGCUCCCUUCGUGUAAUUCUAUACCAGGAAUGGAUACGCUUUAAUGUAGUCAAUUUCAUGUUUGAAAAAUAUAUUUAGUUCCAAAAAAUAAUAAAUUGUUCAACUAAAUGUCCUCGA